CGAGAUAACCGAAGGUUUAGUUUGGCGAAGUUUUUGGACCCACGUUCUUUUUCAGAAUACAGAAUUCUUUUUGGACAAGUCACGAAGUGCAAGCGUCAACAGCCGCAACUCGAAAAAUUCAUCAUGGAUGAUGAUGCUCCCCAGUUAUCUGCCCAUACAUUAGCAGCUUUACAAGAGUUUUAUACAGAACAGAACAAACAAGAACAAACUUUGAUUGAAGCUCAACAAGGAAAUUUAAAGGAGCUAGAAAUAUCAGAAGAUUGGCAAUUGAGUCAGUUCUGGUAUAAUGAGACCACAGCAACAAGAUUGGCAGAGGAAGCAUUAAGAGCUGUAGGAGAACAAGGGAGUAUAGCUUGCCUAAGUUCUCCAACAGCAUACAAGAAAUUAAGAGAAAUAAAACCAGACUCUGUUUCAUUGAAAUGUUUAGAAUAUGACACAAGGUUUCAGGUGUAUGGAGAUGACUUUCUAUUGUAUGAUUACAAAGAACCACUUAAAUUCCCUAAAAACUGGAAGAACUGGUUUGAUCUGGUCAUUGCUGAUCCACCAUUUUUGUCAGAGGAAUGCCUGUGUAAAACGGCAGUUUCUAUUAAAUAUUUAGCCAAAGAUAAAAUUAUUUUAUGUACAGGUGCUGUUAUGACAGAUUUAGCAGAUAAACUCCUACGUCUCAAACCAUGUGUUUUCCAACCACGACAUACAAACAAUUUACAGAAUGAGUUUAGAUGUUAUACAAACUAUGACAGUCAGCUCUUUAAUAAAAGUUGAUAUUAAAUUUA